CCGAAACAGCCACGGUUAAAACGGUUUAAAAUAUAAACCUCCAGCGGUGAAUUCAGCUCUUACGCCAAGGGAGGCGGCACCACUUUGUCGGUACAACAAAUGAGGUGGUAGAAGAAGGACCGGGGCAGGGGUAUCGUUUCUGCUACAAAAUGUGAAAGUGAAGUUGUGUGGGCUGGAGGUGGAGACAUUAAAAAAACGUCAGUCCCAGGAAUGUAAGCUUCGGCUCCAGCAGUCCUGUCCGCAAGGAAAUGGACGAGAGAAGCCCUUUGCUGGGCAACCAGCCCCAACAGGGCGCGGACCUCCUGUCUCCGAAUCUGAGGCCGAGGCACCAGGAGCUGAUCCUGACACCGUGUGGACCGAUGAAGCGCUGGUCGGAGCUGCCGCGCCUGCUGCAGGUCUAUUUCUGCUCCGCCAUACUGUCUCUGCUGGCGCUGCUCGGCCUCACCUUGUUCAGCCUGUACAAGCAGCACAUGGACACAGGCGUGCUGGAUGAGGACAACUUCACCGUGUCUCUCAUCCAGCUGAUUGGAAUCCUGUUCUGCAUCUACUACAUCAGUCGCGGGGUGCUGCAGGAGAACAGACAGGAGCUGGUGGCCUUUGUGUUCAGCGUAUUUGUGGUCAUUAUUCGAUCGGUGGUCAACUUCUUCGUGCUGGUUUCAAAGGGCCAGCAGGAACUGCUGACAACGAUACGUUUUGGGUUCAUCGUGGGCCUGGGCAUCAUUCACAUCGUUUGCACCUUACUGCUCAUCCGGAGGCCAAACAUGAUGGCGUUCCGUGUGGGCGGAGCCUUGGAGUGCCUUCAAGAGCAGUAUUCCCUGCUAAACCGCUGUUUCUCCAUGGUGACCUUUGACCUUCAGGCUCAGUUGUGCCUUUGUGUCCUGAUCAUAACAACAAACCUGGUCACGUCUGCUGCCGACAACAUAAUCGCGGGCGUUGGAGUUUUCUGGGCCAUCCUGACUGCCGCUGUAGGCGCUGUUGCGGUUUUAAAGGAAGCCAAGGUUUUGGUUUGGGUCUUCAUGGUGCUGAACCUUCCUCAGGUGGCAUUCUUUGUGUAUCUGAUGUACACGGUGGCAGAAAAAUGGUUCCAGAACGAGACGUACACCGUGGAGGCAGCUGCUAUAACCGGGGCUUUGAUUUCACUGGUGAUCAAAGUGCUUUUAUUCUGGGGCCUCAUCAGACUGGUUCACAGCUUUGGACAAGGCCUGAGAGAGAGAAUGUUUGCACACAACCAGUGAGGAAACGUCAGGACCAAGGAUACACCAAAACGAUCACUCAGCAUUUUUAAAAUUUUUACAUUACGUUUUUUUAACCUGAUGUUCUAUGAAUGUUAAUAUGUUUCUGGCUUCAACUGAAUUUAAAUGCACCUUAUUGGCGCCUGGUAUUAACAUCGAUCUGUACCUGGGUAUGUGCCUGCCUCACUACGUACGCUGUGGCUCUUUGUAUUGAAAAUUUUUUUACUGUCCAAGUUGUGCCAACACUUUUAUAUCAGUGCAAUAUGCAUAUUAGCUAGGCACGGCUCACUGAGCUGUUUCACCCGGGUGGAAAUGACUCUCGAUGCUGAGCGUACGCUUCUGCCAUUUUUGUCUGAACGUGACUGAAAUAUUUGCUUCUGAAUGUCGUCACGCAGGUAGACCGGUCUGGCUGGAGCGAUCGUAUCCUGUCGACAUGCGUCUUCACUCAUAGAGAUAACGUAUCUGGAUACACAUUGUGUCUUAAUACCAGGUGCAACUUGAGUCUUGGAGUGCUUAAAAUAUUUGAGCAUCAAAGACUUUGUAGACUGGCUCUGUAAAGGUUUUUACACCAACGUGCACUGGAACGUCUAAAUCCAUCUAAAUCGAUUUUUGUAGUUCCUGUAAAUUCGCAGGUGAUGUUUACUUUUCAAAUCAUAAAUGUCUAAAUUAAAUUGUGCAGUCUGCAUUUUCUAGCCUACCACUUUGAGUAACUACAGUAUUUUUAUUCACAGAUAUUUUUUUUUUUACUUUCUGCUGCACUUUAAUGCAC